GAUUCGCAUCUGAAUGAGGCGCUCCCGGCUCAUAGUCUGAGAGCCCCGAGAGAGCAAGUCAGUCAGGUUGAAGCAGGGAAGUAUAGGGAACCACGGUAAAGGGAGCUCCUCUACCGCAGUCUGGAUUCUGCUGGAUAGCUAUUUGUUGAUAAAAGGAGGCUCCGGCCACCAGGGCCAGAAUCAAACCAUGGAGAGUCAGAUCGCUCGCUGCAAGAUUGUUGUGGUUGGUGAUGCACAGUGUGGAAAAACUACUUUAUUGCACGUUUUUGCCAAGGAUUGUUAUCCAGAGAAUUAUGUCCCCACUGUGUUUGAGAACUAUACGGCGAGUUUUGAAAUUGACAAGCAAAGGAUCGAACUAAACAUGUGGGAUACUUCAGGAUCAGCAUAUUAUGACAACGUUCGCCCGCUGGCCUAUCCUGACUCAGAUGCAGUGCUAAUCUGUUUUGACAUCAGUCGUCCGGAGACUCUAGACAGUGUUUUAAAGAAGUGGCAAAGUGAGACCCAGGAGUUCUGUCCCAGUGCCAAAGUGUUGGUGGUUGGGUGUAAGAUUGACAUGAGGACAGAUCUGAAUGUCCUGAGGGAACUCUCCAAGCAGAGGCUUAUUCCAGUUACACAUGAACAGGGCAGUACAGUGGCUCGGCAAAUAGGAGCAACGGCCUAUGUGGAAUGUUCAUCUAAAGCUUCUGAGAACAGUGUCCGUGAUGUAUUUCAUGUUACAACCCUGGCUUCUGUAAAUAAGAUGCAAAAAAAUCUGAAACGCAGUAAUUCCAAGCGGGGGUUAAAGAGGGUAUCGCAAAUGCCUGCAAGGACAGACUUACUGGAUGAUUCGGAGAUCAGAAAGGACCGUGCUAAAAGCUGCUCAGUAAUGUGAAGAACGGACACAAAAUUAUUUGUAUUUAUUCUGCAUUUUGUACAGUAACUGGCACAGGAACAACAGGAUUGUUGCCAAGUCCAAGGUCGGUAUCCAAGGCUUUUCCUGGAGCCUCGGCCUCAAAACUGGCGAUUUCUGAAUCCAGAGAGCUGUUGCUUAUUUAUGAGGCUUGCAGAUUGACUGUUGCUGUGUUGGCUUCUUGUGGAAAGGAACUAAUGAAGAGGAAGAUUAACCAAGUGUUUGAAUGUUUGUGAAGCUGUGUUGCUAAGGGAGAUGUGGGCUGUUUGUAUUGAGAACUGAAUUUCUACAGGGACUGUAGGAAAGAUUGAUGGCAGUGAUAGUUUUUGUGUUGUGAAGUAAAAAUGUAUGACAGUCACUUUGGAUAUUGCCUUUUAAAACAAACUCUAUAUAGGACUCUAACAAAUGCACACCAAAUAUAAUAUUCCCAUUUUUUCAUUACCUUCAGAAUUUUAGCAUUACAUCAGUGUUUGCACUAAACUUUCAUAGACUCUGAUAGGGAAUGUUGUACACAUUUGGAAUUCUUAUGGAUUAGGAGACAUUGCAUUCCUCAUCCAUUAUAAAGAAAUUAUGUAAAGAACUAAAAUUCCCUCUUGUCAAAUUGUGCCUUCAUCCCCUGGUAUUGGAGGAUUUGCUGCUGAUGCUGUUACACAGCUACCCAGAGCUACAGAGAAAUGACAUAGUGCUGGGGUUUCUAGUGUUUCCUAAUGUGAAGCUGAAAAGCUCUCUUAUGGAAAAUUAAAGUACUUAAUAGGAAUUCAUCCUUGGUUGUACGUGCUGAAAGGAUUCUCUGGUAUCAUCUGUGCAUUUAAUUUACUUCUGAAAUUCAAUUCCAUUGACUUCAAAGGAACCGAAUGUUGGAUACUGACUCCAAAAUACACACAUUACAUUGCCUUUUACCACAUCGGUUGUUUAGUACAUACAACAGAGGAUGAAUUUCAGCUCCAUGUAAAAAUUUUAACGUGUGUAAAUUAACACUCUUUCCAAAUGGAAAGAGACCAGGACAGAUUUUCUGUGAUUGCGUGUCUCACCAAAAUCAUUACUGGUUCAGUCAGACAACAGCUGAGGGUCAAUCUUCACCUUUCACCUUGUCCUUUCUCAAAAUAUUAUGUUAUGCUCCAUACCACAGUUCAAAUAGAAUGAGUUUAACACUGUCCAUUGAUGGGUUUGCCCUUUGUACAAUCCUUACAGAGAGUCUCCAAUACUUUGAAGCAAUUGGUUGGAUUCCUCUCACCAUCCAGCAUUUGUGAAUGGCCUUUUUGAAUACUUCUGGAAGUGUCCAAUUCAUCAUUUGUCAAAAAUAGUUAAUGAGCAGUUCGUAGUUAGAUUCACCACAUUUUUUAUAACUCGCCUUAAGGCGCUUCUGUACUUCAACGGCAACUGAAGGAAAAAUCAAAGUUGACCUUAUAGGUAAUCUAAGCUUCCUGUGACAGUCAAUUCUAGGUUUGCUCCACUGGGAUGAAGUUCUGUGAUCAUUUUAUGAUGUACUUGAUCUGAGUAUUGAACCACCUUGUCAUUCUCCUAGGGGACAUGUAGAGAGGCUCAAAUGGUUGUAUCCUCUGCUGCUAUAAGUGGUUCAGCAUAAAGGUGACAAAGUGCUGGAGAUACUCAGCAGUUUGGGUACCUUCUGUGGAGUGAAAAAUGCAGGGAAGGGGCAAGGGGGGAAGGAACAAAAGAGAAGGCGUGUGAUAAAGUAUCAGCAAAAGUGAGAUUAAUGAUACAAAGUAAAAGGUGAUAAUGGGACGUAAAACACGCAAUAUAGUUCUAAAGGAAGUGUAGAUGGAAAUAGAUGAAUUGUAUGUUUCAUUUCCCACACUUUCAUACUCGCCCCCUUCCCUUCCCUCCCAGAAACAUAAUAGGUUCCUUUGCCUUUCCAUCCCAUUGGCUUUUACAUUCAGUGAAUCAUCCUCCACCGUUCCUGCCACUCCAGUUUUGUAACAUUCUCCCUUCCUUCUACCUAUUGCUCAACUUUCUCUCUCUCUCUUUUGUUUUUUCUUUUGCUUUCUCAUUCUCUGGAUGCUGUCUGAUCUGCAGAAGGUUCCCAGAACUUCCUUCCUUUAAUUUCAGGUUUCCAACUUCUGUGGUAUUUUGUAAGAAUUCUGACAUUGGACCGAAAUAGACAGCAUUCCUUCGGUUUAUCCCAAAUUGCAUUAAUAUUUUCCAUUUUACAAGAAAUUUAUUAUCUUAUCAGUUACAUGAUCUUGGUCAUAAACUAGAAUGGCAUUAACCAAGGAAUUAUUGCAAUGGAAUCGCUGGCCCUGUUAUGAGAAUGUGGCUUGACACAAAUUCAUAUUCAUGCAUCUUCAAUAAAAUAACAAUUGAGAAUUUCCAGCAUUUUCUGUCUUUAUAACAAGUGACUGGAGUUAUGAAUCAUUUCAUCAUACUAGAUGGUGCUACCUUGGACUGGGAAAUGGCUCCAUGAGCAAUAACGACCCUUGAAUGCACUACCAUAGCACUAAGUCUUGGCCUGCGAACCAAGAUAGUGACUGUUGGUGGAUAACUGGAUAUGAGAGGCUUCACAAUUGCUUCUGGUUCCCACUUUUGUCCAACAUUAACACUGUUGUCCUUUCCAACCCUGCCGCAAAAGAAGAAAAAGGAGGAAAUACACAUGGCACCUGACCCCACUUACAUGUAAGUCUAUCUUUAAUUCACAUGACAUUCAAAAGCCACUCCCAGAUAUUCAUUGUUCUUUCCAUGCCUGAAAGUCCCCUGUAGCACAAUCCUGAUUAUUCAUGGCACAUGACAGCUCGUCAACACAUACAUUCCAUUGUAAUCACUCUUCAUGAGUUUACGAAACAAUCACCUGUUAGCACUUGCUUUGUAUGAGUAGACCUGCUCUGCUUUCCCACAGAAUUGUGCUGUUAAUUGGAGUGUAUUGUAAAUUUAGAAAAGCUAUUAAGACUGCAAGCCCUUGCAAUAAGUACAAUUUGCAGGUGGGGAUAGGUGUGCGUUAUUAUACGUCUAUGCAAUUUGAGUCAAACAAAGGCCAUUUUAACUAGAGCAGGAUUUUGGAAAUGCCACUCCCACAGUUGGACAAUGUGAAUCGAGUUUUGCCUCAGUGGAGCAAGACUGAGGUCCAUGGAAGAGCCAACUGAAAAUCAUAAGCACAUUCAUGCAGAACGAAUUUAAGUUUCUACUAUAGAUAGGGACAGGAAACAUUAAACCUCAAACAAGAGAGACUGCAGAUGCAGGAAAUCUGGAGCAACACACACAGUCCUGAUGAAGGGUCUCGGCCCGAAACAUCGACUGUUCAUUUCCCUCCAAUAGCUGCUGCCUGACCUGCUGAGUUCCUCCAGCAUUUCGUGUGUGUAACCUCAAAUAUGUCACGGGGCCCAAACACUCAAUUACAAGUCCCAUCCAGUAUGAUGAAAUAUGUUCAUUAAACUUGAGUGUUUUAAAAAUCAUUUUCAUAAAUGACAAAAAUCACUCAUCUUGUCCUAAGUUGUGGCUUUCUGAUGAAUGUUACCUUGACUUUGUUUAAUGCUGCUCUGUCAACGCAUGCUCUUAAUUCUUAGGCAGUCCCUUGAGAUUGAGGAUGACUUGCUUCCACCAUUGUUUAGGAAUGACUAAUAAGGCCAGAUUGGGACCCACAGAUUCUGCCAACAUUUUGUGCAGGAGGUACGCCCAUGGUCUCAAAGAAGAUGCUUUUCAAAGCAUUUCCUUUUCUCCAGUGACUAAAACAUUCAGAACUACAAUCACCACAUUUCAAUCAUCUUAAAAGAUUUCGUGCACAUUGAAAGCUUUCCCUUUAACUUGGUCCGGAGCUACUGCCAAUUCAAAUUAGUUCAAAUGGGAAUGAGAUCGCUCUCAAAUGGAAGCAGAUCAAUUUGAGAGCACCAUCCCUUCUGCUUCUGCACAGGCUCCAUUUAAUAAUAGGCCAGUCUGAGUUGAAAUCCCAUUUUUUCACUCCCCACUUACAGAAUCAAUCAAUCUUAACAUUAAUCUUUCAACAAAGUCUGAUCUUUUGAGAGGGUUAAAGACCCCUUGUUCAUUUUUGUAACUUUUUUUUCCCCUUUUACUUCAGAGUCACUUACAACAUUGGUCUGAUAAUUUGAUUUUCUUUUCGGAUCAUUUCAUUACUUGGCUGUGUUAUUUACAUUACAUAGUUACUGCACAUUUCACUUUGUUCCAGUGCCAAAAGUCACUUGGUUUCCAGAAGUGAUUUACUUUUUUCCUUUCAUUCAUGGGAUGCAGAGAUUACUGUCAUUGCUAGAACUUAUUAUCCACCCCUUAUUGUCCCAUGAACCAAAGAGUUCAUUAAGAGCUGUCCAGAUUUGUGGGUCCAGAGGCACUUAAUGGCCAGGACAGGUAAGGAUGGCAGUUUUCUUUUACCAAAAGAUAUCAGUAAAUUAAUUGAAGUUAAAAACAUCUAACAUUACCUUGGUUCCUAUCAUUGUUAUCCAUUUUAAUAAAUCUUAUUCAACUACUUGCUGAGCUGACACCAUGAGAUUUGAACUUGUGUCCCUGAAUCAUUAGUCUGGGCCUCUGGAUGUUAGUCCUGUAACAUAAUCACUGUGCUACUUCUAUGGUGAAUUUGUAUUCCACACAUCUGCCUUUGGUGUGAAAUUGAAAACUCUUUGCACUGCUGCUAAGCUUGACGGAGAGUAAAGCAGGUGUGAAAGCCUAAUGUGAAGCACCCCGUAGUUCCUCUUUCGAAGAAUUUUAUUCUGGAUUCUGGGGUUUUUAUUUAGUGUUUAGGUGUACUGCUGGUGUGCCAGUGACAAGUAGAAGGUGGGGCUCUCACUUUAAAUGUGCUCUGAUGUCCCAUUAAAGCCAUCACCUGAAAGUAUUUACCCUUUUUAUGCUUUGAAGUGUCACCAUAUAAUUCAGCAUGAAUCCUUCAAUAACUGAUGUCUGCCAUUACUCCACCCACUAUUUUAAAAAAGAUAUUAAGUUACUGAAAACAAAGAGAUAAAAAUAGUAGGCAGAGAUAUUUCAAUACAAAUUAUUGAACUGUUACAACGCAGAAGGAGGUCUUUUGUCUCAUUGGGUUUGUGCCAGGUCUUUGAGCAAUUCAUUCAGCUCAUCUCUCACUCUUACAUAGAAACAUAGAAAACCUACCCCAAGCCUCUGCAAUUUAUUUUUCCUCAACUGCCUUUUGAAAGCUCAGAAUCUGUCUCUACCACCCUUUUAGGCAGUGAAUUCCCAAUGGAACGUAGAAUAGUACAGCACAGUACAGGUGCUUCGGCCCAUGAUGUUGUGCCAACCUAUACAAACCUACCCCACGACUAAUCUAACCCUUCCCUCCUACACAGCCCACAAGCCUCCUUUUUUCUUACAUCCAUGUGCCUAUCCAAGAAUCUUUUAAAUGUCCCAAUUGUAUCAGCCUCUACCACCACUCCCGGCAGUGCGUUCUGCGCACCCACCACUCUCUGUGUGGGGGAAAAAAAACCUACCUCUGAUAUCUCUUAACCUUUAUCCACUCACCUUAAACGGAUGUCCUCUGGUAUUGGCCAUUACCGCCCUGGGAAAAAGGUGCUGGCUGUCCACUCUGUCUAUACCUCUCAUAAUUUUAUACAUCUCUAUCAAGUCGCCUCUCAUCCUGCAUUGCUCUAAAGAGAAAAGCCCUAGCUUGCUCAACCUUUCCUCAUAGGACAUGUUCUCUAAUCCAAGAAACAUCCUGGGAAAUCUCCUCUGCACCAUCUCUAAAGCUUCCACAUCCUCAGAACAAGGUCAUAAACACUCUUUUACAAAAAAAAAUCACACCCUUUUUGUAUCCUUUGCUCAUCAUUUUGAAUUGGUGCUCUCUCCCCCCGCUCCCCUCAAUCCACCUCUCUCCCCGACCUUCAACCAUCAUCUAAAGGGGACAGGUCUCCUCUACUUAUUCUCUCCAAACUCAUGGUUCUUAAACAUUUCUGUUAAAUUUCCUCUCAACCUUCACUCUGAAGAGGACAACCCUAGCUGUUCCAGUUUAACCAUGUGGCUGAAAUGCCUCCUCCCUAAACUACCCUAUCAAAUCUUUUCUGCAACUUUUCCAGGAUCUUCACACCCUCUGUAAGGUGUUGGAUGCAGUGCUCCAAUUGUGGUCAAAUCUGUGGUUUUUAAAGGUUUAACAUAACCUCCCUGCUUAUGUACUCUCUGCCUCUAUUUAAGAGGCUCAGGAUUCCAUAUAUUUCACUGGCUGUUCUUUCAACACAUCCUCCCACUUGCAAAGAUUCGUGGACACGUACACACUGGUCUCUCUAUUCCUGCACAGCUCAGGACAGUGCCAUUUUCUCAGUAUUAUUUCAUUCUACCAACAUAUAUCACUUCACACUUCUCUGCAUUAAAUUUCACCUGCCACCUGUGUGUCCAUCCUGCCAGCCUAUUGCUUUCUUUUUGCAAUCCAUUACAAGCAUCCAAAUUUUCUGUCAUUUGCAAAUUACGAAAUUUCAUCCUGCACACCAGUUUCCAAGGCUUUCAUAUAUUUCUUAAAACAUAGUGGUAUUGGCACUGAUCUCUGGAGAACUCCACUGUCUGAUAUCAUCCAGUCUGAGAAACAAAGGUUUACUCUGACUCUCCACCUUCUAUCCUUAAUCCACUUUCUUAUCCAUGCUGCCACUGACUCAUAAUUCCAUGGGCUUCAAUGCUGCUAUCCAGAGAUUCACCUAAAACCGUCUGAAAAUCCACGUAACCCUCCUUUCUCUGUUCCCUCAUCAAAAAAUUUAUUCUAGCUUGUCCAAAAAGAAUUGCCUUUUCCCUGAUCUAAGCCAGUUCUCCUUCAAUAACACAGAUUUCUCCAAGUGCUAAUUAACUUUUUCUUCUUAUUACCUCUAGAUUAGGUUAAAAACUGAGGUUAAACUGGCUAGCCUGCAGAUGCUGGACAUGUACUUCAUCCCUAUUUGAAAAAGUGGAUAACAUUUACCAUUUUCCAGUCCUCUGGCACCUCUCCUGAAUGGGGAGGAUCAUUACCUUAUGGCAAGUCUUUCUGCAAUUUCCACCCUAGCUUCCCUCAGCAGCAUAGAAGACAUCUCAUCAGGACCAGUAUGCUUACUUUAAGAAUACUCACCCCUUACUGUACCUCAUCCUCAUCAGUCUUCACCCCAUUCAUUAUGUCUACUACCUGCUCUUCUGGGAUUUUGACAGCAUCCUCUUCCUCGAUAUAGAUUGAUACAUUUUAUACUCCAAGCGUGCACUCUGUCUCUAUGCAUAGAUCAAUUUAUUGAUCCCUGAUUGACCCCACCACUUUCCUUAUGACCUACUUAUAUUUACUUCCCCACAGAAAACGAUUAGGUUCCCUUACAUGUUAGCUGCCAUUCCAUUUACAUACUUUGUUUUUGCCCUUCCUGUACUCAUUUCACUUCCCCUCUCAUGCUACAUUCAGCUUGUUUCUCACUUGAAUUUUUCAUAGAUUUGUGCUGCACAGAAACAACCCCUUCAGCCCACUAUGUCCGUGCUGUUCCUUCAACCACCCAUCUGAACUAAUCCCACUCACAAGCACUUGGUCCAUAGCCUUCCAUGCCUUGGCUAUUCACGUGCUUAUCUCGUUCCUUCAAUGUUAUGAGAGUACCUGCGUCCAUUACCCCUGUGAAGGCAUUUUCACAUGAUACAUCUUGUUUUCAAUCCAUCCUCUGUCUCCUUUCUGAUCCAAGGAGCAAUGGUUUUGCCUUCCUUACAUUUCCUCCAAUUGGGAAUGUACCUCACCUGUACCUGAAACAUCUAUUUAAAGUCACCCAUUGUUCAGUUGCUUUUUAAUCUUUGGUUCCACUUUAUCCUAGCUUUAUCCCAUUAAAUUUAGUCCUUCUCCAAAUGCAGCAUUUAGAUUACUUCUUGCCCUUCUCUGUUUGUAAACUAAACCUUUUCAUAACCAUCUCUCUUCAGCUGUUUACUCAUUCUUUAGUGAUUUCGGUGCAAAAUCACGGCAGAUGAGGGAACUUCUGCAUGAUGCCCACAGGCCACAAAUCCAAACUCCCACUCACAUUUGCUGCUUCUGCUUUAAGUGUCUUAGUUUCAGUUCUAAUACCUACCAAUAGUUACAUCUUGCUCUCAGUUACAAGAGAUAAAACCUGGAGAUAAGAUAGCAAAGUUAAUGCAUUAUAUUUUUGCACAGUUUUCGAAGGAUGUGAGUUUUCUGGAUUUAUUAGAAUUCCUUUCUAAUAUUUAUCGUGAUUGCAAUAUUGUAAUACCCAAUUUAAAUUCUAGUGGUGAAAUGAAGCAAAUUUUAAGGGCCACAGAAAUCAAUCAGCUCCUUAUCCAGUUAUGACACUAAAUGUCUGUGUUGGGAGCACUUGUCUUUGACAAGGAUCUGCCCGAGAUCAUUUUAUACUAGAUUCCACUUUCUUAUAUGAACAUGAUAAUUGCUGUAAAUAGAUAUUCAUCCCCAUUUGAUUAACUAGCUAUUGAGAUAUGUGGUAAUCACACUGGUGAGUGUGGUAAUGUGGCUUGAAAGUUAAGAUUGAUUUGUUUGAAUUAAGUGAUUUGACUGGACCCGUAAAAUAUCUUGGCUGAUUGCCAAAUUUAUUUAGGUGGCCAGCCCAGCUUCUGGUGGGGAAAUCAGUAACCAUUAGAAGUUUCUAACUUCUCCAGUAUUGAGCUUCUCUGCAAAACAGUAGUAUGAUCUAAAUUAUGCAAGUUGAAAGUACCUCUAGUGUGGUAGGAUUGGGAAUUUGAGGAGGUGUGUCAGGUUUGUACACUUCUCAAGAUGGUCCAAAGAGAUGACAUUUUUUUCUGCCCUCUAUUGAUGUCACUGGCAUUUCAUCCUGGUGUGUCCUCAGGAAAUGGCUCAGAUAAUCCCAUUGUAAAUGAGCCCUCAAUAGAUUUCCAGUGUGGCCUGAUUUUGGAAAGUGGAGCAGUAUUCUAUUGAUAAAGGACUGACUGGUACACAGGAGCAACUUAUUGUCCAAGGAUAAAUAUCAUCAGGGUCCAUUCUCACAACUGCUUCUUACCCCCACCCCUGCUUGUUGGAAGAAAUCCCAUGUUGCUACACACUUAGUUAGAUAAUGGGAUUGAUCACCUAUCUCAUUCCCAGUAUUUGACACAUUGCUAGAUUUAGAAGGGACUAUGGGUAGGAACUCCACCCCAUCACAAUUUCCCACGGUGCUGUUGGAAUCUUUACCCAAGUGGUUCAUAAGACAGUUGAAGUGAAAUGAUCACUGUCAAACUUGGAUUGCAGGAUGUAGGAGCUUCAGGGUUUGAACACAGUUGAAGAGACACAAACUAAACACUUCAUCUGCACUGGUAAAUUAUAAAAUGGAAAAAAAUUAAUCAACUAGGGUUUGGAUCCAAGGCUUGUCAUUUCAGAUUCAUCCACGCCCACAUAUCCUCAAGACAGACAUUACAAUAUCAUGUUUCAUCAAACACAAUAAAAUUAAAUGGAUACACACUCUUUGCUUCUUUGAGAACUAAAAAGUCAACGGGUUCCUCCAGUGAAAGCAGUUAACAUUAUGCUGCAACAAUCACUUACAACAGUCACUGUUUUAAAGUCUGUGGAUUCAGGCUCUACUCAGGCCUAUAUUCUAGAGAGACACUUCAGUGUAUUACAAGGGAACGGAGGCCUUUGGAUGAGUUGUUAAUCCGUGAACUUCUCAGAUAAACAUAAAAAUUCUAAGACACUAUUUGAAAAAGAAAGACGGAUCUCUUGGCAUUCAGGACAGCACUUAUUCUGCAAACAACAUUACCAAAAUAUUACCUACUCAUUUAUCACAUGCGGUGUGCAGUUGCCAACCAUGCCACAUUAUAGGAUAAUGGUGGCCGUACUUCUAGAGUAAUUCUUGGCCAGUAAAGCUCUCUGGGAUAUUAUUCUUCCUUUUCUCAGCUCAAGUUCCUCAUGAACUGGAGAUUUCAACUAAGAAACCAUAAUGCCCCUAUGGCAUUUCACACAUAAUGUUGAAGCUGCAUCAUUUGAAUUUCUUUUAAAACUUAACGUCCAUUUAGGUUUUCAGCUGUGACUUCUCGUAUAAUACAGAUUUACAUAAUAAGUUCAUUUGGCUGUUACUCAGCACCAUUUUGUCAAUUGUAAAAUUAUUUUCAUUAAGAUUCCUGAUUUAACAAUUAUAGCCAUGCCAUUGUGUAACAUGUUGUGCAGUGAGUUAGCACAUUAGCCAUUAGCACCAUAAUCAUUCUACAGGGUUAUACUCAUCUGAUUCUUCUUCUGGAAUUCAAAUUGCCACUGGGCAUGUACAGAUCCUAUGCACUGUUGUCAUUUAUAUCUGCGGUUGUGCGGUAAAUGCCCUAAUUUUCAACAGAAACUAGAAAUACGUGCCCUUUGUCUCUAUUAGUAGCACACAUUAGUAGUACCUACUUUGACAUGAAUUUAUCAGACUGAAAUGAUAGAGUAGGGGAACUUGUCACAUAAUUACUUUGCCCAAUUCUGUAGUGCUAGAUUACCCAUUUAGGCGAAUCUCACUAUCUAGUUUAGUCACUGGGAUAAACCAAUUCAUAAUGUAACAAUGUAAAAUUCAAAGGUGAAAUCCCUUGCUAUGGACUGCAUGUUAGUUAGCUACAGGCCUUUUAUGCAAGGGGUAACUUUUCCCACAAAUGCUGUAAUAUUUGGUUUUAAAUGUAAUACAACCUCCAUAACUAGUGAUUUGCUAGCACUGAGAAGCUGACUAUUAUAUUUCUGGCAGAGCCUGUAGUGCUUAUCCAGUGCCUCUAUGUCUUUUCAAGGCACAAGCAACAAAAGGUUAGGCAGUGGCCAUUGAUAAUAUCCUCACUUGUUUACGUCUAACCCAUGACAAAGUUUAAAAUUGCUGCUGUCUAUGGUUGAUACCGAGCUGUGAAAUCUUUCUACUUGUACUGAUGCUGACUGACAGGAUUUAACUAAGAAGAGGCUCGGGAAAUCAACUGCUUUUGUAUGUUGUGCUAGUUCCAAAAAUAAAUGUUUGCUGAAAAACAAGUGAGCUUUUCUUGUGCCAAAUAAAAAUGCUAAAACGA